AUGGAGGAUGAAAUUGCAAUAAUUGGUAUUGGGUGUAACUUCCCAGGUGGUGAGGGUCUUGACAAUUUCUGGAACGUUCUUGUUAAUGGGAGAAACUGUGCUGAGGAGAUUCCAGAACAGAGAUUUGAUUUAACACAGUGGUACGAUUCUGAUGACAGCAGUCUUGGGAAAACACAAACUACUAAAGCUGCUUUCAUAGAUGGGUUCAAUGAGUUUGAUCAGAAGUUCUUCAGCAUCUCGGAAGCUGAGGCUAAGUUCAUGGACCCUCAGCAGAAGGUCCUUCUACAGUGUUCCUAUAGGGCACUGGAGGAUGCUGGGAUUCCCAUGGAAAAACUCAGUGGCUCUAAAACAGGAGUUUACAUAGGACUUAUGAACAGAGACUAUGAAACCCUACUGAACAACAGUCCUACUACAAUAACCCACUACAAUGGCACAGGCACAGCUAUGAGUAUCGCUGCCAACAGGAUCUCCUACACUUUCAAUCUGACUGGACCCUCUUUUGCCAUUGACAGUGCUUGUUCCUCAUCUUUAGUUGCACUCCACGCUGCUUGCCAAGCGAUCAGACAGGGUGACUGUGAGAUGGCGUUUUGUGGUGGUGUUAGCUGCAUUCUUGAACCACGGGUUUUUGUGGCUCUCAGCAAAGCAAAAAUGAUUUCACCUGAAGGCACUAGUAAACCGUUUUCCAAACGAGCGGAUGGAUACGGGAGAGGCGAAGGCUGUGGCAUAGUUCUUUUAAAGAAGUUAAAAAGAGCUGUUCAGGAUUUUGACCACAUAUGUGGCAUCAUAUGCAAAACUGCGGUCAACCAAGACGGCCGUACUGUCACUCCAAUCACAAAACCAUCUAUGCUCCAGCAGGAGGAGCUCCUUAAAGCUAUUUACUCCACAGACACCUACCUUGCUGAUGUCCAGUAUAUAGAGGCUCAUGGGACUGGGACUCCAGUGGGAGAUUUAAUAGAAGCUAGCAGCAUCUCCAAAAUCAUUGCCAAAGCCAGACCUGCAGAGUCAGGGCCUCUUUGUAUCGGCUCGGUUAAGAGUAACAUCGGACACACAGAAUCAGCAGCGGGCAUGGCAGGACUUAUAAAGGUGCUGCUGAUGAUGAAGCAUCAAACUAUAGUUCCUUCAGUGUUUUACACAGAGGAAGGUUCUAGCAUAGACGCCCAAGCUCUCAAACUAAAAAUUCCCAUUAAAGCUGAAAAUUGGUAUUGCACUGGUUCUAGUGGAAGGGUGGCUGGAAUUAAUAGUUUUGGAUUUGGUGGCACCAAUGCUCAUGCUAUCAUCAGAGAAUAUGCACAGGAGACAGACUAUACUUCAGACCAUACUUCUUUUGUUUCAAGGAAAUUGUUUUCAUUGUCCGCUGCCACAAGUAAGUCUCUGGAGAUGUGCAUCGCUGACACGUAUCAAAGGAUGAGCGCUGACAACAAAGCUGACUUUAAAACCCUAUUGUAUACAUCUGCAUGCCGAAGGACUCACACGAUGCACAAAUAUAGGAAAGUGUUCGUUACGACGUCCCUUUCAGAUUUAGAGGAACAGCUCAAAUCUAGCCUGAACGACAAGUUCACUGCAAUAAAGACAGACCCCAAGGUGGUCUUUGUGUUCUGUGGGAAUGGAGUUUCCUACAGAGGGAUGUGCAAGCAGCUCCUAACAGAUGAGCCUGUUUUCAGAGAAAAAGUCAAAGAGGUGGAAAACUAUUUUCAGAACUUCAGACAUACAAGCAUUUUACAGAAGAUAGCAAACAGCUUCGACAAUGACGACUUUUCAAAACCGGAUAUUGUCCAACCUCUUCUUUUUGCCACUCAAGUCGCCAUUGCUGACCUGCUCAAGCACUGGGGCAUCAGGCCUGCUGCUGUUCUUGGACACUCCGUUGGAGAGGUCGCUGCAGCCUAUUGCUCUGGACGGUUGUCUCUUGAGGACGCGGUGAAAGUCAUCUAUUUUCGGAGUGUUCUUCAGAGCAAGGUCACUGGUGGAAAAAUGCUGGUUGUUGGUAAUAUACCUGUCUCGGACGUUCUGAAAAUUCUUCCAGCGUACACAGGGAAGGUGUGUUUAGCUGCCUCGAACAGUCCUUUCUCAUGUGUACUAUCAGGUGAGAAAGAUGCCAUUGAAAGUGUGCACCAAACACUGAAAAACUCAUGUAAGGGUAAGAACCUGUUUCUUCAUGUCUUGGAUGUUCCUGCUGCCUACCAUAGUCACAUGAUGGAUCCAAUAUUGGGUCAAAUUCAAGACAGUAUAGGGUCUUUAAACCACCAUGAGAUGGAGUGUGAGUUAGUUUCCACUGUAACAGGACAAGCUUGUAGUGUAGGAGAUUAUGUUACCGGUGAUUACUGGGCUCGGAAUAUUCGAAACCCAGUUGUGUUUGAACAAGCGGUGAGGACUGUUGCAGAAAAUAAGAAGAACGUGAUCUUUGUUGAGAUCAGUCCGAGAAGAGCUCUGCAAAGGAACAUUAUAGAGACACUUGGAGAUGAAACAGUGGUUCUUUCUUCAGUUCAGCCAGACAAAGAUCAAGACACGAUUCUCACAGUUGUUUCUAAACUCUUUGAGCUAGGAGUGAACGUGGACUGGGACCGGUUCUACAAUGGAUUUGAAUCGCUACCAGCUUCUUACCCAGUGUAUCAAUUUGACUGCCUCAAAAAGGAUGUGUAUUUUGAGGAAGUAAGGCAGGGCAAUGAUGUCAUAUCUCGCUCCACUCAUCCACUUAUAUGUCCAAGUACACGUAAUAACAAGGUGUUCAAGUGCACAUUGUCAUCAGACACCACACCAUACCUUUGGGAGCACAAAAGCAACGGCGUUGUGAUUGCACCGGGUGCUUUGUAUGCCGAACUGGCUUUAGCCUCAGUCAUAGAAGCUCAGGUCCCAAAAAUACCUCUUUUUUCACUUGAGCUCAGUGUAAGUUUUCAUAGCUUACUAAUUCUUAGUAAGAGUUCACAUCUUCUGAAUGUGCAACUCGAGUCUUUUGAGGACGGCACUCAGUUUCAGAUAAAGUCCUCCUCUACGGUACAUGCAUCAGGCACUGUUGCAUAUAAAAGAGGAAUAAUUGUGACUCAACAUCAGGAUAUUCUCUUAGAUGCCAUAUUGAAGAGAUGCCCAUCAGUCUUAUCAAAGGAACAGGUUUAUGCUAGUCUAAAUCAGGCAGGAUUCGAGUAUGGUCCCAUGUUUAAACAACUAGAAGACAUUCACUAUGGGGAGGAAUUCAAAGAAGCAGUGGCAGCUGUAAGGAUACCAGAUGAACUGUUAAGCCAGUUGUAUGAGUAUUGCUUGCACCCUGUUGUGUUAGAUUAUUUUUUACAAAUGACCUCUGUUUUGGUCCUGACCGACAGCACUGUUAGACCUGGGUUUCCAUCUGCGAUUGGCAGCUUAGUAAUAACUGCACCUCUGUGUAAGGACAUGUUCCUGUAUAUGAGGGUUACUCAGGAGAUGCCAGAAUACUUUGAGGUAUGUGGUUGUUUCGCAGACAAAAAUGGACACACGCUGAUUGAACUGAAGGACGUCAGAAUCACAUUUCUAGAUGAAGCCAAAAUUACAGACUUGUACUUCUUUCAUAAUGAAAAACUCCCUGCUCAUCAAAACCCCAGCGUUCAUAGCAGGCCAAAAGCUGUUGUCUUUGAGGAUACCUUAGGUAUUGCCAAUGCUUUGAAGCCAUACUUGCAUCCAUCGUCAGUAUUUUUCUCUCCUACUGAUGUAAGUCGGUCUAUUUUGAGGAUUUCAGAUUUGAUAUUGCAGGCUGAUCAGAGUGCAGCUGAUAUGGACAAAGUUUUGUUCAUCUGGAGCUCAAAUCUUAGCCACCUCAAAACCCAGACAGUUCUAGGACGCUUGGUUGACAUUUGUGAACUUUAUCAUCAUGUUGUUCUGGCUUUGAGAAAGUGCAAACGUUUGCGGACUCUUCACGUUAUAACCUACAGAUCCUCAGACAGCACGGUCGAUCACAUCAGUCCUGGAUUUGUGCUGUCGGGAUUGACCAGGGCGUGUGCUGCCGAGUUGUCGGAAGUCUCAUUUCAGCUAAUAGGUCUUGCCAUGGUGUCAAGUGAGGACAUAAGAGCAUUGGUUUCUGUGAUUUGCUCCUAUAAAAGUGAUGAGUAUCCAGAAGUCAUGAUAAGCAAAGGACAGGUUCAGUCCACUGUGAUAACCCGAACAGCCAUAAAUACAAAAUCUGAAGGCUUGAACGUUUCAUGCUUUAUCCUGCAGACAGCCAAUCCAUUCGGAAUGGAAAGCUUGUCAGCCGUACCCACUUAUUUACCUGAGCUGACUGAAGACAAGAAUGUAGAGGUUCAGCUCUGUAAGAUAUGUGUGCACUCCUCAGACUAUUUCCCAGUUAGCUUAUCUGGACUUCAAUUUGGUCAGACUUUGUACUGGAACAAAAACACUCAUCAAAAGCACAAACUUUUAGCCCUUGACUUUGGUGGGAUCGUUACAUCUGUCGGAAAGGACAUCCAAAAACUGAAAGUGGGAGACUACAUUGUGUCCUGUUACCCAACUGAAGCAGGGUCUAAGGUAGUCCUUCCAGAGGACGUUUGUUACAAAACUAAGAGGCUACAGUUUUUAAAGGACAUUCCAUGCGUCUCGUACUUUAUACUUGCUUGGGAGAUCUUGCACCGUGCUUUACCAAAUGCUAAGCAAAACAAAACACUAGGCAUUUUCUCCACUGUUCCUGACUCAGCGCUGAUAAAAGUGUUAACCUUUACAGCCAACAGAUCAGGAUGGAGUGUUGUGACGAACACAGACUUGUGUCCUGUUUUUGUGUUCAUACCCCCCUAUAAUCAGUCAUGUUUAGCACAGUUAGGACGUGAUUCCAAUGUAAAGCACAUCUUCCUUGUCUGUGAAGACGAGCAUACACGCUCCCCUUCAAGCAUUUAUCAAAAUAACAGCGAGAACACGUGCUUCCACUUUAUUUAUUUGCGCAACGUUUUCCAAAAAGCUUAUCUGAAAACACAGGGAUCUUCCUUAGAAAGAUGGUUAAAGAUAAUGCACCUGGAUAAGAUGUGUUUAUCCUUCUACAGCAAAACGUUCCAGGUCACCCAAAAUGAACCAGUGAACACAGGAUCUUACUUCAAUGCCAAAACUGUAUCCUUGAUUGUCUUGGAUAACAGCGGGUCCAAGGCGGGUACGUCUCACAUUCCUUUACAACCCAGACCAAAGCAGCUCUUUACCAAGACUGGUGUGUACAUCGUUUCAGGUGGUCUGUCUGGUCUGGGACUUGAAACUGUGAAGUUCAUUUCACACUGGGGUGGAAGGUGUAUUGCUACACUCUCGAGAAGUGCUCCGUCUGAGGAGACGCAGCAGCAGAUCAACAGUAUCCAAAAAAGAUAUGGAGUAAAAAUAAUCUCUCAACAGUGUGAUGUGUCUGAGCAGGACCAAGUAUUAGCUGCAAUCACUGCCAUUGGACAAAAUUUUCCAUCUUGUCCCAUAAAAGGGGUCUUCCACAGUGCUGCUGUGUUGCAUGACGGCUUACUAGAAACACUUGACAGGUCUCAUUUUGAAAAGGUCUUGCGUCCGAAGGUGAGUGGAGCAUUGAACCUUCACUACGCUACUCUUAACAGCAAAGUCGAUUAUUUUGUGUGCUAUUCGUCUAUCUCAUCUUUUAUUGGCAAUGCAUCACAGUCCAAUUAUGCUGCAGCCAACUCCUUUCUAGACACUCUGUGUCAUUACCGGCGUAAUAUUGGACUUGCCGGGCAGUCCAUCAAUUGGGGACCUUUAAAAGUAGGUCUUCUGCUGAACAAAGAGGAUUUUCAAAAAUUCCUAGAAACUAAGGGUUUGAUGACUAUGGAAGUUCAGGAAGUACACAAAGCUUUAAGGUACUGCUUACUACAGAACAAUCCCCAGCAAGCAGUGUGCAAAUUUAACUUCAGAAACUUGAGGAACAAUGUUCUCUCUCAGAACGCCUCUCUAAAAGCUCGACUGGCAGCUUUAAUAGAGAAAGAAAUUGAAACGGACAUCAGCGUUGACUCCAGGAAAGACCUUCAGAGUUCAACUGAUGACUAUGUAAGAGCCAUGCUGGGUGACAUUUGCAAUGUUGAUGCAGAUGAGCUUGAAGGGAAGACUUUUCUCACUGCAGCAGGCAUCGAUUCAAUGAUGGCCAUGACGCUGCAGAAUCGAAUAUUUCAGGACACCGGGGUAAACGUACCACUUGUUACUUUGCUCGACCCUAAUACCACUCUAAACUCGCUAAUUACACUUCUUAAAGAAAGCAGGGAUGACAAAUCAGUGAGGUAA